AUGAUAGUAGUAGGUUAUACAACGUCCAUUGAGAAUAACACAUUCUAUAACACUGAUGAGAAAGUAAUAGUCCUGUCUGCACGACANCCCACACCCACAACCACUACCACCACACCCACAACCACGACUACCAGUACCACUUCCACGACAACCACUACCACAACCACCACCAGUACUACCAGUACUAGCGCUACUACCACGACAACCACAUCACCAUGUCCCACUGGUUACACACAAAUACCAUCGGGUUCAUGCGUUAAUCUUUUGAUCGACUUCAACAACUGUGGUUCAGUUGGUUAUGUAUGUCCAUCUAGCUAUACGAGUUGUUCAAAUGGUGCUUGCAGUAGUGCACCUGCCGUACUGCUUCCUGGCGCUGUUGCAGUUCCUACCUGGGGUGGAAUGUUUUCGGUUGAUGACUCAUAUUCUACACUUAGUAUUCCAUUCAGUAUUAGUAUGUACGGAUAUUCAACCAUGAGUCCAUCAGUUACAAGCAAUGGUGUUGUCUGCCUCAGUAGCUGCUCUAGUGCAUAUACGAACGGCAAUCUGCCGGAUGGUCAAUUCGGAGGACCAACAGCAUUUGGAUUUUGGGAUGAUCUUAUGAUUUAUGCUUCUACCUCUCAAAGUGUCUACUAUGGUACAACAGGUACAGCGCCGAAUCGAAAUUUAGUUUUUGAAUUUUAUGAAAGUCAUUUUGGUCAAUCAACACAAUAUUACCAUUUCCAAAUUGUUUUCUAUGAAAAUCUACCUGGUGUUGUUGACUUUUUAUAUUUUCAGGCUUCUGAUGGAGGUGUUUCAGCCACAAUUGGUGUCCAAAGUUCUGGCAGUGGUUCUAGCAUAACUUAUGCUGCCAACCAAGCGAAUGCAGUACCUGUGGGGACAUCAUCAACGAAUUCUCCAACAUUGAUACUGUCAUUCAAUACAAAUGCUGGUACAAUGACGCAAACCUCGGGAUGA